UCAUAAUGGUUAAUCGUGAAUAUUCUACCCUCGUCGCCAAGACGACAUGUCGUUUUAGACUAAUUUUAAACACCUCCAGGCCUCGUUAUUUUCCCUCCUCUGCCUCCUUCAAUGGAAGCCAGAGAAGUUCACCACCUACUACCGUCCCAACCGCCGCCACCGCCACCGCCACCACCCUCUCCAGCUCACCAAGCCCUUCUCCGAGCAGGCCCUCGUCUCCACCUUCUCCGACAAGCUCACGCCCACGUCGUCGUCUCCGGAUCACACCGCUCUCUGUCCCUCCUCACCAAGCUCAUCAACCUUGCUUGCGCUGCCGGGGCAAUUGGUUAUGCACGCCAGGUUUUCUCCACAGUGCCCUGGCCUGACUCGUUCCUCUUCAAUUCCCUCAUCAAGUCUUGCUCGAAGUUCGGCUUCCCCCACGAUGCGGUCGUGUUCUAUCGCUGCUUACUGCUCGCAGACAUUCCCCCCAGUAAUUACACUUUCACGUCCGUGAUUAAGGCCUGCGCCGACUUGUCAGCUUUGAGACUCGGUAGAGGCGUUCAUGCCCAUGCUUUGGCUUGUGGGUUUGGGUUAGAUCCUUACGUUCAGUCAGCUUUAGUCGCUUUUUAUGCGAAGUCAGGCGAAUUGAAUGUUGCCCGCGAGGUGUUCGAUAAAAUGAGGGAGAGAACAGUUGUUGCAUGGAAUUCAAUAAUUUCUGGGUACGAGCAGAAUGGGUCUCCUAAGGAGGCGAUUGAAUUGUUUGAUCUGAUGAGGGAAUCUGGUAUUGAGCCGGAUUCAGCUACGUUUGUGGGCGUUUUGGCUGCUUGUGCACAGUUGGGAGCAUUGAGUUUGGGGAGUUGGGUGCAUGAGUAUGUUAUGGAAAGUGGGUUUGAUUUGAAUGCUGCGUUAGGCACUUCGUUGAUCAAUAUGUAUGCUAGGUGCGGAAAUGUUAGCAAGUCGAGAGAAGUUUUUGAUUUGAUGAGGGAAAUAAAUGUUAUUGCUUGGACGGCUAUGAUAUCUGCAUAUGCAAUGAAUGGAUAUGGAAACCAAGCGGUCGAGCUAUUUGACCAAAUGCGACUCCGAGGUCCAUGGCCCAACAGAGUCACUUUUGUGGCGGUUCUCUCAGCAUGUGCUCAUGCAGGGCUAGUUGACAUGGGACGUCAUGUAUUUGCAAGCAUGAAACAAGAAUAUGAUGUAGAGCCAGGACUAGAACACUAUGUAUGCAUGGUUGAUAUGCUUGGGCGAGCGGGAUUUCUUGAUGAAGCUUACAGAUUUGUUGAAGAAAAAAUUCCUAUGGAGGCUCCACCAGCUGUGUGGACUGCUAUGCUUGGGGCUUGCAAGAUGCAUAAGAAUUUUGAUUUGGGAGUAAGAGUUGCUGAACAUCUCUUAGAUAGUGAGCCAGAUAAUCCAGGCCACUAUGUUAUGCUUUCUAACAUAUAUGCCUUGGCUGGUCGGAGUGAUAGAGUGCAAAGAGUUAGAAACAUGAUGAUACAGAGAGGGCUGAAAAAGCAAGUAGGUUAUAGCAAUAUCGAAGUUGAUGGAAAGACAUAUAUGUUUAGCAUGGGCGACAAGUCUCAUCCCGAAACAAAUAUUAUAUACGAGUAUUUGGAUGAGUUGAUGUUGAGAUGUACACAAGCUGGUUAUAUACCAUUGGCAGAUUCAUUGAUGCAUGAGUUAGAAGGGGAGGAAAGGGAAUAUGCACUUAGAUUUCAUAGCGAGAAGCUCGCUGUAUCAUUUGGUCUAUUGAAAACUAGCAACAGCAUGACCAUUACGAUCGUAAAAAAUCUACGUAUGUGUGAAGACUGUCACUUAGCAUUUAAGUAUGUUUCAGUCAUCGCCAACAGGGAAAUUGUUGUUAGAGACAAGCUCCGGUUUCACCAUUUUAAGGAUGGAUCGUGCUCAUGUUUAGACUUCUGGUGAUGUGGUCCACACCAUUUCGAGGAUGGAUAAUGCUCAUUUUGAGGAGUCAAGACGUCCAUUCCGUGUAUAUGAUUCAAUUGAUGGUUAUGGGACUACAAUGCGAUGACAAUGUUUGUGGUAAUCGAUUUGAAAGUCUGAGGAUGAGAUCAUUCGGCAAAAACAGGGACGAAGAUGACGGAGACAACCAUCAAAACAAGAUUGUGAAGGCUGACCAUUUCUGCUGUGGACUCAAUUGGUUUCGGUUUUCCCAUCUGACCAAACUGAAGUCAAACCCAUUUGGAAAGAAGUGAGGAGCCAGCUUGGCGGGAACAGACAGCAAUGAAUUGGUGAAGGUUGUGACAGGAGAUGGGUGCUCAAAUGUCGUAUGUAGCAUCAGAAAAUUACGAUUUUUUUUAUGAAAAUUAGUUCACCAUUUUAUUA